AUGCAACGACUCAUUCCACUAUUUUUCGCAGCUCCCUGCAGAGCUACGCCGUAUGAUCUAGAUGCACUGCCUACCGUAUCGUAUCGCAGAAGAAGACACCCCUUACAACUUUUUCGACGGCCACGACUCCACACAUAUCUGCUGGAGCCGGCGCAUGAUACUCCAAAACGCCCAGAUGCCAGCUAUCGCAUACAUCGACUGCGAGUGCAGCCUCAUCGAGAUGUGCUGCAUCUCAAUUGGUCGCGAUUGUGCUAUGCUUCCUGGGGAGUUGAUUCAGAUGUUCCAGCCUGGGUCGACGAGUUUCUAUUGCUGGCGAAGAAUCUUGGGAUGCGGCCUUCUAUCACGGCUGAUCUUAUUCACUUUUUCUGCUUGAAGACUGUGUUGGAUUGCGCUGGUGAUGAGGAUUUACUUUACAGCCAUAACCGUUUUCAUGAGGGUAUAUUUCCAUGA